AACACAGUGUCCCGCCUCCUGGGGAGGGUUAGAAAAAUAGUGACUUUUUUUCACAAAAGCACCAAAGCCCACCAUGUUUUUACUGUGAAGCAGGAGAUAAACUUGUUUAUCAAGUUAAACUUGCCCAGACACAAGUUAAUUCAUGAUGUCACAACUCGAUGGAAUACAGUACAUGACAUGUUGGAAAGAUACAUAGAACAGCAGCCCGCCAUCUAUUCUGCCUUACUGGACAAAGAUCUGAAGCUGUCUGUCAAGAACAUAACCAUGUUGAAUGACAGUGAACAGAAACUGGCAGAAGAACUGUUUCAGGUCCUCACACCACUGAAAACAGUGACAACCCUGAUGAGCAGUGAAACAACCCCCACUAUAUCAAUGAUCCUUCCUCUGAAAGAGAUGAUUCUCAAAUCCAUGUCACCAGGAGACCAGGACACUGCAACAGUCAAAGAAGCCAAAGCAGCCAUUACAAAUGACCUGGCAAAGAGGUACACUGACCCUAAUCUUCAUGAUUACCUCCAAAUGGCCACAGCCCUUGACCCCAGGUUUAAAUCGCUGCCUUACCUUGAUGAAGACUCUCGUGAUAAGCUCUACAGGAAUAUAAUCCGUGAAAUUCUGGAGCAUGAACAGCAGUGUCUAGUGGAGAAUCCUGUGCCCUCCAAAAAGGAAGACAAUCCAUCCUCUCCCCCUCCCAAGAAGAAGACAGCAAUGUCAGAGGUAUUUGGGGAGCUUUUCAAAACUGAGGAACAGCAGAGUAGGCCAUUUGCCCAGAUCAUUGAGGAGGAAGUCACCACAUACAAGUUAGCAGACAGUAUUCAAGUGGAUGCUGAUCCAUUCAUAUGGUGGAAAACAAAUGAAUGCAAGUUCCCCCAUGUAGCAAAAGCUGCACAACACCUCUGUGUCCCAGGAACCUCUGUUGCGAGUGAGAGAAUUUUCUCCACUGCCGGGGACAUUGUAAGUGCAAAACGCUCUCGCCUUGCUGCAGAGAAUGUUGACAGGCUUAUCUUUUUACAGAAGAACCUCAAAAUACAGGAAUAGAUAGCUGACCUAAGUGAAAUUGCACUUUACAUUCUGAAUGAAGGAUACUGUACUGGAGUGCUGUUAAGUUUUUUAAGAUGGUUUAUUUAUGUUCACUGAAGUACAAGUAUGUUUAUUUGAAAUGGUCAAUUUAUGUUUACUAACUUCACAUGUAUGUUUAUUUUCAAAAUUUAGGAAUUUGUGUGCUCCCCAGUUUGUACAUGGGCUACCAGCAGCUGUGAGAUGUCAGUGUUCAUUUUAAAAUAAAAAAUGUUUAUGUUAUACAAAACACGAGGAACCAGUGGACUUUUCUUUGCUUUUAAGUAAAAUAAAGGAGUAUUGCAAUAAUUUUUUUUAUUUUAACUUACUGUUCCUAUUGCCUAAGCAUAGAAUAACAAAAAACACUUUUAUGUGUUAAGCCAUCAGAACCGAACCGAACCGAAAACCGUGGAUAAAAACCGAGGUAUGUAUUGAACCGUGGGCUAACUGUAUUGUUGCAUCCCUAGUAUUUUCCAAUAUAUCACAACAUGGGCGUAGGUUUUUUGCUGAAACCUGUCAUGAAAGGAAGGUUACCCCGAGCCUAUAACAACAUCUACCAAAAAAAAAAAAUCCAACCCAUCUGUCAGUUUAACAUAUGGUUUAAAUAUGAACAGGCUGUACAGGUAUGUUUGCAAAUGGUCACGCAUUAUGUGCAAAUUAACAUACAGCACACUGAACCAACUAAGCCUGAGACAUAUAAAAACAUUCUCCCAUUUAUUGGACCAAAUUUGACUCAAAGCACAAAUGGUGUGCAUGCAAAAAUAAGAACAAAUAAAAAGGUACAAAUAAGCACUUAUUCAAAUGCAGAAUGGCUAUCUUAUAGCUUGAGAUUUAAGUGACUGAAAUAAGCAAUUUUUGAAUGAACGCUUAGAGAGUCAGAGUAAAUCCAACCGUGACAUACCUCUUUUUAACUCUAUAAUUAACAUAAAAGAAAAAAUACAAAUCAGAAACUACAAUUUCAACCAGCUUAAUCUACAGUGUUACAAUGGGCAGUGGUGGCUGAAGCAGUUAAG